UGGUUCUGACAAAAACUCCAUUGUUAGCUGAGGUGGAAAGUAUGAACGUAUUGGCUGUCCUAUACAUGCACUUAAAGCAUAAAUAUGCAUCAUCUCCGAAAAUGCCCCUGGUGUAGUAACAGAUUUCAAUAAAUCAUGAUACUGACUGACAAAAAUUCUGUUGUCUUGGAUUAGAUCUACAAAUCUUUUGUGUUCAACGUUAUAAAACACAGGAUUAGAUAGCAUUUCAAUGGCAGUGAAUAAUCUGUACAAUAAAUGAUGCGAUUCAGUGCCUAACAACGAUCUAGAUAUGGCUCUGUACAAACAAUUACCAUCACCUACAGUCUUGGCAGGAUACACACUAGAGAGUAUGAUUGGAUGAAAAUGCUUUAGAAUGCCACAUGCAACGGAGUCCAUGCACAUUUGAGAUUCACAUUGACGAAUGGCCUACAUAUAAAAGCAAGAUAGUUCCGGAAUUUUCUAGAUUCGUUGUUUAUUUAGAUAUAAAAGCUUCGAUGGGCACCAGGACGUUUAAACAAGAGUUGAACUAUAUUUCUACACCUGCUCAUCGACAAACAAUAUUUUGCUACAAAAAAGUGUGAAAUUGUCAUAGUUAAAACUGUGACGGAUUCAUUAAAGAAUUCUAAAGAGAAGGGAGACUGGCGUGAAAAUGGAAUCGCUGAUUGAUAAUGUAACUUUUUUCAGGAAUAAUUCACCUGAUACUUCAAGUGUGUGUCCUGUUACUGAACUGCCGUUGUACUAUGAGGAGUGUGCAAAAUAUCCACACAUGGAUGUAUCUCAAAGGAUGAAAUAUGAAAUUGUCAGGUACUCCACAUUUAGUACUUUAAAGAAGAAGUGCCCAAUCGCUCUCAUGAAGCUUUCUAAAGCAGGUUUUUACCACGAUGUUGCUUCAGAAUCCAUCAGAUGUUGUCAGUGUGAUUUUGUUUACAAAAAUAUCCAAUCAAACGACAAUCCAAUGGAAAUCCACUCCAGAAAUUCGCCUAAUUGUAACUUUGUGAAAGAAAGCUACACUAAUAGUCAUUUAGCUACAUGUGAAGUGAGCGGAGAUAGUCCACACAUACACGCCUCUGAUAUUGGAGGGGCAAUAGGCGGAUCAUUACACGUUCUUCAUCAAAGUCCACAACAAAGAAACAUCACUCCCUGUGAGACCCGGGCAUUAAUGCAAAUUGUGCCAAUGUAUUCUCUAGCAGAAAACCAACCUGUUUUUACAGAGAGGAACACCUCAAACCUGACACCUUCUCUUCAGCAAAUCCAGCCAGCUCCUAGUCAGGUGAUCCAUAGUAAAAAUCAGCGGCUUGGAGUUAAAACCGAAAUAUUCAAAGACCUUGGAAUUUGUGUUGAAAAGCCGAAGUACCCAAAAUAUGCCAUCUUGGCCAAAAGGAGGGAAUCUUUCCAAAUGUGGCCAAAAUCAAAUCUUGUCAGUCCAGAUGAAUUGUCCCAAGCUGGAUUUUAUUAUAAUGGAUCUAAGGAUAGAGUUCAUUGCUUCUUCUGUGGUGGAGGACUUGGAGAGUGGGAACGAGACGAUGAUCCGUGGAUCGAGCAUGCACAUUGGUUUCCCAACUGUCCAUUUGUUCGGCAAUGCAAGGGGGACGAUUUCAUCAAAUGUGCCAAAGGGAAAGUGGAUGAGGAGUUGAUGAUGAACGAAAAAGACCUAUUUCAAACAGCUGCGUUUCAAAGUUUGUUGGAGAUGGGAUAUACCAAAGAACAGAUCGUGAAGGCGUAUGAGCAAAUAGAAAACAAAGAAGUGCCCCUUUAUGCAAAGCAGUUGCUGGAGCUAAUAUGGGAUACUGAGGACAAAAGCAAAGACGAAUGCAACCAAGAAAGAAAUCAAGGAGCUUGUUCACAAGAAAAUCCUAAUCAGGAUAUACUAGAAACACCUUUACAACUACAAAUUGCAGAGGAGAAGCAAACAAAACCAGAUUUUAAGGCAUUGGUUACAGAAUACGAGGACUUAAAAGGACAGACAAUGUGUAAAGUUUGUAUGGAUGAAGAUGCAACUGUUGUGUUCUUACCCUGCGGUCACAUGAGUACCUGUGUCAACUGUGCACCUGCCAUGCGCAGUUGUCCCAUUUGUCGAUCGUUUGUAAAAGGAACAGUUAAAGCAAUUUUAAGUUAAGAUCACUGAUAUAAUACCUACAAUCCAUAUAUGCCAAACAGAAAUCAAUGUCUACGCAAUUUUCCUUUCAUUCUGUGAUUUUUGUAAAUUCAUUUAUAUUUUUAUAAAUGACUUAUUUUUGUGUUGUUAUAUUGGUAUGACUAUUUUUUAAAAGUUGUUCAAUAUAAUUUGUGCUUAAGCCUUCUUUGAUUUUUCAUUGUAUUCAUAUUUUGUACAUUUUAAUUUCUUUUGUGAGUUCAUCGUUUGUUUUGUUUUGCAUAUUGGAGUCAUUAAAUGAACUGAUAUAUUUAUAAAAUAAAUUUUGUCAUUAAC